GCCGACAAUUCCAUAGAUUCACCGCGCCGGAAUCAUGUCAAUGACCAUGAUACGACUGGGAUGGUGUCUAUACGUCGUAGGAGUCGUCGGCGGCGCUUCCAUGGCGACCGAGAAUGUGGCGCCGUCGUCAUGGGGGUCCACUGCAAGGACGUGCAUCCUGGUGCUUUGCCUCGUGUCAAUGGCGUUCCACUGGCGCAAGCAGAUCCUUGGACGAACCGUCUCGUUUGCCGCAACCAUGGCGGCAGCCAAGAACGUCCAGUACAUCAAAAUCGACAAAGUGAUUUUGAAGCCGCUGCAAGCGUUCAAUGUCGAAAUUGUGACGUGCGAUGGAUGGAGGAUUCACAUGUCUCGCGUGGAGCUCGACGUCCGGCUCAAGAUGUUUCUGUCCUCGUUUGGACAGAUGAAGUUGGUGUGGGUCAUCGUAGAUGCCUUGUCCGUGACUCCACCAAGCACGAUUCCCACAACAACGACUCGAGAUGAACGUCCCCCUGUACCGGCGGCACCCAGAACGACAGAUUCCAUCGACCCCCCAACACCUGUCACAGCAGUCAUGGGCGUGCUCAAAUUCACUGAGCUUCAGAUUCGUUCGAUCUCCUGUGUCCUGUCGGUACCCGUUGUCGUAGACGGUUCCACAGUCGUGCUGGCGGUACAAUGCUCCGGAAAGGACCUGGAGCUCGCCGUGCAUGACAUUUCCGCGCCCACAGGGAUCAUGACUGCAGAGUUUUCGCACUCGUCGUCGUCGUGCUUUGUCCGGAUCGUCCCCCCAGGCACACAUGUCCACGACGGCCUCUUCGUUGACCCGUCGGCGUCCACGUCGGUGCAUGUCAAAUAUCUGCAGCUGGUAGUCAAGGCACACUACUUGACCAAGCUCGUGCAUGAAGCGCAAGUUGUGGGCACCGGACCAUCCCCUUCUGCUACUGUUAGCAUUUACGAGAACAUGAUCAAGCUGUUCCAACAGCUUCAACAGCAAUCGACACCUGCACCUAUCGGCCUUCCAUCCAAGCAAGCGACGUUCACUAACGACUCGUUCCAGCUAAUCCUCCAGACCCUCCCAGUGGCCGUGCACGUGUUCCUUCACACCACCCAACUGUCCUGGACCACCCACAUCGACAGCCUCCACAUCACGUCCACCAAAGCGUUGGACGAACUGGCCGCCCAUGUCCAGAUCAAAUCCACGUCUAUUUCCUUUACCACAGACGAAGCACAUGCCGUUGUACCGUGGAUAGCAUUGUCUGACGUUGAGUUUCAUGCGAAUCAAAGCGCGGAGAACGUGACAGACCCAACCAAUGACUCUGCCGUCGUCGUCUCAAUCAAGACCACUGUUGGGUCUGUCAUCCUCCAAGUGACUCCAGCAGUUCGCGACCACGUUACUGCAUUGCGCGUAGUAUCCUUGUCGGGCUUUUCAACACCGCCAACUCCACCGCGUCGCCGUCGGCGUGUUGCCGUGCACGUGGAAUCCCGCGAUGUUACUGUCAUGGUGCAAGACCCAUUGACCAAGGCAAAAGGCGUGGCUCGUUUUGUCCGGUUGGUUGUGGAGGACAAGGGCGACGCGUCGUGCCGUCAGGUGUCGAUUGGUUCGGACAAGUUCACGGUGGAGAUAAUGAUAGAAGGCGGAGGUAUCCUCCGCCCAUCGCUGAGCUUGACGGUCGCGAACUCCCACAUCCAAGCCUCGGUUGUACCUCGAUUGCACGUACAAGUGUCGGUGGAAUCCCUAGAAGGCUCGUUCGAUUUGAAUCAGCAGGACACAUCUAGGCUCCCCUGCGAUGGCGUCUAUGCCCCAGUCAGUCGGCCCCCUCGAGUGAUCCUAACACAAUUCAACGCACAAGUUACCGAGACGGAUGAUGUCUGCAUGGUGGUGGUGGUCCACAUCCAAGACUCCGUCGCUCAUUGGAAUCAUGCUGAACACGUGGCCAGCGUCGUGGCCGUCCGUUCUCUUGCGCGUGCGUACCGCCAAUUGCUUGACGCGGUUCACACAGCACCACCACCCACGUCAACGCUGGCGCCUUCUUCGACAACCGCUCGAAUCAAAGGACCACUGGAUCUGACCAUCGCGUCCAAGGCGUUGGCGCUGCACUUGACUGGCAUGGCGCACCUCCCAGCCAACCUCCACGUGUUCUCGGUGCAAGAGUUCAAGUACCAUCUGGUCGAGACAAAUGUCGAGAAAGCCACGAUCAUUCAAACGGCCGUCGCGCACGUCGAUGCCAGGGCUGACAAGCUGAUUCACGUGUCGUCGGUGGACGUGCACAUCCUUCACAACGUCCUCACUGGGGCCGAAAGUGUCAAGCUCGACGUCCACGACUUGGCGCUGACACUCCCCCCCAAGUGGAAACUCAUGGUAUUUAUCAAGCAAGUUCAGCAGCUCUUCUUGCUUGCGUCCCUUGACCACAGUCGACGCACCAAGCCUCCCGUGGAACUCACUGCACGUAUUACAAGUGUUGUCGCAACGUUAGCCCUACCAAGCGAUCGAAACAAUGUCGUGUUGAAACUCACGGGGCAAUCUGUGGAUAUAAAGUCGACGAUCACCGCGUCGUGCCAACUGUCUUGCGCCGUGGAAGCGACCUUGAACGAAAUGGACACGUGCUUUUCCGUGGCCGACUACCGCCAGCAUGUGGCCAAAGUCGUGUCGUUUGCUACUCAAAUCGCCGUCCACGACGUCGACCUACGCGCCUUUUCAGCCGUGCAAGACAUAUGGAGGCUCGAAUUUGACUCGAUUUCUCUUGCGGGGGAUAUUCAUGACGUGGGACUGAGUAACGCAGCCACCAACAUCCCUCGAUCCCGGUAUUGUCUGGGGCUUACGGCCGACGUCCAGCGGCCAACUUUGCGCAUGGACAAGGUGUUUGUGGCGUUGGAAGUCAUUCCUGUCGUUGUGGCUGCGUUCGACGACUUGGUCAACGCGUCCAUGUUGGAAAAUGAUGUUGUCAAGGUGAACCCCCGCCAAAAACUCUUUGGGACCAUCGACGUGGCGGUGACCGAGAGCUCGUGGGUAGCAUUGCUGACAGCGGACAAUCCAUUGACCUGUCGCAUGGGUCACAUUCGACUUGGUGUGGACAAGUCGAGCCGCGUGGACUGUCACGUGGCAGACUUGACGCUGGGGCUUUCAAGUGCACGGGUGCUGCACUUGAGUCAAGUGCACUGGGCGAUUCAAUUUGUGCAUCAAGGAAACGUGGCGAACGUGGACCUGUGGCACGCAGUGGUGUGUGCAACAGUCACGAGCCAGACUCCGAUGGAAAACAAGUUGUCGGUCGAGUGGACGACACUCGUGGGGGUGGCCAAGACGUUUCUCACGGAGCAACUGCCGCCGCCCUGCCACGAUCGACUCGCUCAAGGCUUUAACGCGUUGCAACAGGUGAGCGUCAGCUUGGCCCUGCGCCCAGUUCAAAUCGGAUGGUCGGAAGCCAACACCCCAACGCUGAUGCAUUUUGAAAUGAACCAUGUGGACGUGUCGUUUGGUGCAGCAAAAGACUCGACAGGAUCGCGGUGGCAGCCUCAGUCGUUCGCCGUGGACAUCAAGUCGCUGCAAGGGUUCAUCUUAGACGGCCCAGACAUACCCACUCGACCCAACUCGUUUGUGCUGCAAGCCGCGAGCGUCCACGCUGUGAACACGACCGUGCAAGCCAAUAAACACGUGCCCAUUCAAGUGAACAAGUUGAGAUUGGUGUGGACCGUGGCCAUUCGAGAUCACAUUUUCCACAUGGUCGACAUCGUCCAUGACGACGUGGUGCAGCUGCUGGAAAUCGCACGGGGUCACGGCUCGACUUCCAAGGCACCCACGGCAUUGUUGGUCCACCAAAAGUCGUCGCCAACGUCCUUGCUGGACUUGCUACAUCAAGGCAAGCUUGGUCUAUCGGAUGAUGCCACCCCGACCACCACCACCACGACCACCAGCAGCACCACCAAGCAAAACGCGCCCGGCGUCACACAACACUCCAACAACCACUUCCCCGCUGGACUAAUCUUAACAAAACGCUACAGCCUCACCCUCUACGAAACCCAAAUCCACGUCGCCGAGCCUGACUCGAAGAGCAGCAUGGUGGUAGCUUCGCGGCAGAUUCAGAUCGAAUUGGGCAAGGAUCCGUUGGUCGCGUACACGAUGGCCGACAUCGCGCUGACCGACAUGACAUGCCACGUGGCGCCGCUGGACGUGGACAUUGGCGCGGGCGUGCUCUGGUACAAUCCGCACCUGCGCAACACGUUGCUGCAGCAGAUUCUCAACGAGUGCUCUAUCACGGUCAAGUACAACAUGGCGCUACUCAGCCAAGCCACGUUCGUCCAAGUGGACAUGCCGUCCGUGGUUGUGGGGAUGGAUUCCAACCAGUUUUUCCAGUGCUUUAGCGUCGUGCGGACCGUGCUGUUGGCGCCGCCCAAGGUGCCGAAACCGAAACCCAACGUGGCUCCGUUGACCAUGGACAAGAGCGUCAAGCUGAAAAAGGUGCAGGCUGCUGUCGCCGAGGAGCUGCGCAUGGCUGGUCUCCGCAGCACCACCACGACCGGUACCAAAAGAAACUGAACUCGU